AUGCUCUACUGCCAGAGAAAUUUUGCGCGAUGGCGGAAACUUCAUGAUGAUCGAUUUAUUGUCACCUAUAGAGAGAGUGAGGUCAGAUACACAGGAUGUCGAGAAAGGGGAAAGGAAGAAAGACAGAGCAAAUUUCAACGUGAACUUCAUGAAGGUCGCACUGAAGUUUCUUUCAUCACCAACGGAAUGUCUAUCCAAUUAGCUUUCACACCACCAACUCAAGAAUAUAACAAGAAAGAUAAACAAUGUGAUCUCGAUAGAGAACCUGGAAAAGUUCACAUCAAAUCCUCCUUAAUAAUGAACGGCGUCUGCGUCAGAUGGAGGGGUUGGAUCGAUCUGGAGCGUCUCGACGGCAUCGGCUGCCUCGAAUAUGACGAAGAAUUGGGCGCUAAAGAAGAGGCCAGAAGAGAUAGCUACAUGAAGAUGAGAUGAAAAUUUCCGACUUGCCCUCAGUUUAUUUCGAUUUGAAAUAACUGCAUAUCUUCGCGU